AUGUCUAAGAGAAAAUUGUCAUCUAAUAGUCGCCAAGACUCAGUGAAAACUUCUAUUCCGGAGCAUGCAGCAGAGGUGGCUGAAGCCUUGACAGCACUCCAUCCUGUUGAAUUCGAUGAGCCAAUGGUUCAUCAUGAUUCAGGUGAAUUUAAAGGCCUUGAACGUAAUAAAACUACAGCUGAACAAGCUCAAAAGUUAGAACAGGGAAAAGUAAAUCCCUUUACAGGCAGGUCAUAUUCUGACAAUUAUUUUAAGGUUUUAAAGGUAAGAAGGAACUUGCCGGUUCAUUCGCAGAGAGACGAGUUUUUAAAGCUUUAUCAAGAGAAUCAGAUUAUGGUGUUUGUUGGUGAAACGGGUUCAGGUAAGACAACGCAGAUUCCUCAAUUUGUGUUGUUUGAUGAAAUGCCACAUUUAAGGAACUUUCAGGUUGCUUGUACGCAGCCACGGAGGGUGGCAGCCAUGUCUGUUGCUCAGAGGGUUGCAGAGGAGAUGGAUGUUAAACUUGGAGAGGAAGUUGGUUAUUCGAUUAGAUUCGAGAAUAAGACGUCGAAUAAGACUAUUUUGAAGUAUAUGACAGAUGGUAUGCUUUUGAGAGAAGCUAUGGAGGAUCACGAUUUGAAGCGUUACUCUUGCAUCAUUCUGGAUGAAGCACAUGAACGUACCUUGGCCACCGACAUAUUAAUGGGAUUGUUGAAAGAGGUGGUUAAACGGAGAGCAGACCUAAAGAUUAUUAUUAUGUCUGCUACAUUAGAUGCGGAAAAGUUCCAAAAAUACUUCAAUAAUUCGCCACUACUAGCUGUUCCUGGUAGGACUCAUCCUGUUGAGAUAUACUAUACUCCAGAAUUCCAAGGCGACUACUUGGACUCUGCUAUACGUACAGUCCUGCAAAUUCAUGCUACGGAAGCUGAAGGUGAUGUUUUAUUGUUCUUGACAGGUGAAGAAGAGAUCGAAGAUGCUGCGAAAAAGAUAACCUUAGAAGGGGACCAACUAAUUAGGGAACAAGGUUGCGGCCCUUUAAAGGUAUAUACCUUAUAUGGUUCUUUACCGCCGCAUCAACAACAACGUAUUUUUGAUCCAGCUCCACAGUCCGUUAAUGGUAGACCUGGCAGAAAGGUUAUUGUGUCUACUAACAUUGCUGAAACUUCUUUAACAAUCGAUGGUAUUGUAUAUGUUGUAGACCCAGGAUUUUCAAAGCAGAAAGUUUAUAAUCCAAGAAUUAGAGUCGAAUCACUCCUGGUUUCCCCUAUAUCCAAGGCUUCUGCCCAACAAAGAGCCGGUCGUGCCGGUCGUACUAGACCAGGUAAGUGUUUCAGGCUGUAUCCUGAAGAAGCUUUCAAAAAGGAACUCAUUGAACAGUCAUAUCCUGAAAUUCUACGUUCUAACCUAUCAUCAACCGUUUUGGAAUUAAAGAAAUUAGGCAUAGAUGACUUGGUUCAUUUUGAUUUUAUGGAUCCACCAGCUCCGGAGACAAUGAUGAGGGCUUUGGAAGAGUUGAAUUAUUUACAAUGCUUGGAUGAUGAAGGUAAUUUGACUUCACUGGGUAGGUUAGCCUCCCAGUUCCCAUUGGACCCAAUGUUGGCGAUCAUGUUAAUCGGGUCCACAGAGUUUAACUGUGCACAAGAAAUUUUGAGUAUUGUUGCCAUGCUUUCUGUACCAACUGUAUUUGUUCGUCCCUUAAAGGACAAAAAGCGUGCAGAUGAUGCUAAAAACAUUUUUGCUCAUCCAGAUGGUGAUCACCUUACCUUAUUAAAUGUUUACAAUAGCUUUAAAUCCGACGAGGCGUACCAAUACGGAAUACAUCAAUGGUGUAGGGAUCAUUACCUUAAUUACAGGUCUUUGUCCUCCGCAGAUAACAUCCGAUCUCAACUAGAAAGGCUAAUGAAACGGUACAAUCUCGAACUUAAUACAACUUCUCCUGAUAGUCCAAAGUAUUUUAUCAAUAUCAGGAAAGCAUUAUGUGCUGGUUUCUUUAUGCAGGUUGCUAAGAAGAGAUCUACUGGUAAGGGUUAUAUCACCGUAAAAGAUAAUCAAGACGUGCUAAUCCAUCCUAGUAGUACUGCUCUCCGUCAAGAUGCAAGUUGGGUCAUUUUCAAUGAGUUUGUUUUAACCACGCAGAACUAUAUUAGAACGGUUACCUCUAUAAGGGCAGACUGGUUGUUAGAAUUAGCCCCUGCAUAUUACGAUUUGGAUAACUUCCAGAGAGGUGAUAUAAAAACUGAAUUGCAAGCGAUUAAAAGAGCAAAUGAUAGACUUAAACUUAUGAGAGAAGAUUAUGCUAAAAGAUCAAAGGAAGAUUAA